AUGAAUAACAGAGUUGAACCUGAUGAAUCUAUUGAAGUUAACUCUGAUACAACACGAUUACGAACAUUAUACAAACAUUUUCGGAAAAGAAAGCUAAUUUGGAUAAUAUUUUCCAUUAUUUUAAUUGUUGUAAUUAUACUUGUGUCAACAAUUACUGCUACAAUGAAAAAAACAAAGAAGGAGAAAACAACAACAACAACAAGUGAAUUGUUGACAACAACAACGACAAGUGAACAAUUAAUUUCUUCUGUUAUUAUUAAUAGCAAUACGAAAUGGAAACAGAAUGCAUCUACCGUUGCUGGAGGAAAUGGACCCGGAAGUGAAUUAAAUCAAUUAAAGUAUCCACAAGGUAUUUAUGUUGAUAAUGAUGAUCACAGUAUUUAUAUUGCGGAUAAUGAUAAUCAUCGUAUUGUUCGAUGGGAAUUUGGUGCAAACACUGGUACGAUUGUUGCAGGUGGAAAUGGACCUGGAAAUGAAAUAUUUCGAUUGAAUACUCCAGUUGAUGUAGUUCUUGAUAAAGACAGGGAAUAUAUCAUCAUUUGUGAUCAGACCAACGCACGAGUGACACGAUGGUCUCGUCAAAAUAAUCCGGAUCCGGAAAUAUUAAUACAUGGUAUUGCUUGCCGUGGUUUAGCAAUGGAUAAUAAUGGAGAUCUUUAUAUUUGUGACAUGUUAAGAAAUCAAGUCAAACGUUUUCAACAAGGAAAUGAAGAAGGUACAGUUGUAGCGGGUGGCAAUGGACCAGGAAAUCACUUCAAUCAACUCAGUCGACCUCACUAUAUCUUCGUCGAUGAAUAUUAUUCAGUUUACGUAGCGGAUUCUUGGAAUAAUCGUGUGAUGAAAUGGGAGAAAAAUGCGACCGAUGGUAUUCUUGUUGCUCCAGGACAAGCUUCUAACGAAAAUCCCAGUUCAAUGUUUCAACCCAUAGGUGUUAUUGCUGAUCAUAUGGGUAAUAUUUAUGUGUUGACGCAUGUAACUGAUCAAAUAAUGCGCUGGUCGUCAGGUGCAACAGCAGGUGUUCCUGUCGUUGGUGGAAAAGAAUCCGGACCGGGGCUCACGCAGCUCUCACACCCAUUUGAUUUAUCAUUUGAUCGUCAGGGUAAUCUUUAUGUUGCUGAUUUUGGCAACAAUCGAAUACAAAAAUUCGAUAUUGAUCGUGGCUGA